CCGGAAGAGGCGGGGCUUCUGAGCGUGACCUGGAAAUUGCAGUGCGACCCUCGUCCUCUUUAGGUCCGGCCCUCUGGGAAGAUGGCUGCGGUGCAGGGACCUGAAGUUAAAGUGGACGACUGCGAGCCGAAACUGAGCAAAAAGUGGUGGUAAUCAUUAGUUCCAGGGUAAUCUGCCAUGUUGACGCAAGCUGCUGUAAGGCUUGUUAGGGGGUCCCUGCGCCAAACGUCCUGGGCACAGUGGGGGCAGAGGGAGCUGCGCCUGUGUCAACUUGCUCUUUUGACAACGAUUCACAAGGACAAGCCACUUUUUGAUAAAAGAAGUGAGCUAAAGAGACGCCUGAAAGCUGAGAAGAAAAUAGCAGAGAAGGAGGCCAAGCAGAAGGAGCUCAGUGAGAAACAACUAAGCCAGGCCGCUGCUGCUGCCACCAGCCACACUGCUCAUAAUGGUGUGGGUGCGGAGGAGGAGAGCUUGGACCCAAACCAAUACUUCAAAAUCCGCAGCCAAGCAGUCCACCAGCUGAAGGUCAGUGGGGAAGACCCAUACCCACACAAGUUCCACGUCGACAUCUCGCUCACUCACUUUAUCCAAGAAUACAGUCACCUGCAGCCUGGGGAGCACCUGACUGACAUCACCUUAAAGGUGGCAGGUAGGAUCCAUGCCAAAAGAGCUUCUGGGGGAAAGCUCAUCUUCUAUGACCUUCGAGGAGAGGGGGUCAAGUUGCAAGUCAUGGCCAAUUCCAGGAAUUAUAAAUCUGAAGAAGAAUUUAUUCGCAUUAACAACAAACUGCGCCGGGGAGACAUAAUUGGAGUUCAGGGCAAUCCUGGGAAAACCAAGAAGGGCGAGCUGAGCAUCAUUCCCUAUGAAGUCACACUGCUGUCUCCUUGCUUGCAUAUGUUACCUCAUCUUCACUUUGGCCUCAAAGACAAGGAAACACGGUUUCGUCAGAGAUACUUGGACUUGAUCCUGAAUGACUUUGUGAGGCAGAAGUUUAUCAUCCGCUCUAAGAUCAUCACAUACAUAAGACAUUUCUUGGAUGAGUUGGGAUUCCUAGAGAUUGAAACUCCCAUGAUGAACAUCAUCCCAGGGGGAGCUGUGGCCAAGCCUUUUAUCACCUACCACAACGAGCUGGACAUGAAUUUAUAUAUGAGGAUUGCUCCAGAACUCUACCAUAAGAUGCUGGUGGUUGGUGGCAUUGACCGGAUUUAUGAAAUCGGACGCCAGUUCCGGAAUGAAGGAAUUGAUUUGACUCACAAUCCUGAGUUCACCACCUGUGAAUUCUACAUGGCCUAUGCAGACUAUCAUGAUCUCAUGGAAAUCACAGAGAAGAUGAUUUCAGGGAUGGUGAAACACAUUACAGGCAGUUACAAGGUCACCUAUCAUCCAGAUGGCCCAGAGGGCCAAGCCUGUGAGAUUGACUUCACCCCACCCUUCCGGAAAAUCAGCAUGGUCGAAGAGCUGGAGAAAGCCCUGGGCGUGAAGCUGCCAGAAACUAAGCUCUUCGAAACGGAAGAAACUCGCAAAAUUCUAGAUGAUAUCUGUGUGGCAAAAGCUGUUGAAUGCCCUCCACCUCGGACGACAGCCAGGCUCCUUGAUAAGCUUGUUGGGGAGUUCCUGGAAGUGACGUGCAUCAAUCCUACGUUCAUCUGUGAUCACCCGCAGAUAAUGAGUCCUCUGGCCAAAUGGCACCGCUCUAAAGAGGGUCUGACUGAACGCUUUGAGCUAUUUGUCAUGAAAAAGGAAAUAUGCAAUGCCUACACUGAGCUGAAUGACCCUGUGCGACAGCGGCAGCUUUUUGAAGAACAGGCCAAGGCCAAAGCUGCUGGCGAUGAUGAGGCCAUGUUCAUAGAUGAAACCUUCUGCACUGCCCUGGAAUACGGGCUGCCCCCGACAGGUGGCUGGGGCAUGGGCAUUGACCGCGUCACCAUGUUUCUCACAGACUCCAAUAACAUCAAGGAAGUGCUUCUGUUUCCUGCCAUGAAACCCGAAGACAAGAAGGAGAAUGUAGCCACCACUGAUGGACUGGAAAGCACAGCAGCCGGCACUUCUGUCUAGAAAACAAUAACAGCAAGUCGUAUGACUUGGGCAUCUUUGCGUUUGUGCAGAAGAUCAAGGACUGCGAGGGAAUUCCUGUGUGUGUUGCUAUCUGUUUGACUAUCACAUUUCAUGUCAGCCAUCAAAAGAGAGAAGAGGAAUUAAGAAUUCCUUUUUACUCCUUGUUACCAAAUAAACCAUUUGUCUCUA